AUGCGAGCAGUUUUCUUAUCACUUGUCGGCGUUCCUCUCUCCACCGGACCCUUCCUAUCUCGGUAUUGCGGAGGCGGCGGCAGCGACGACGCCGGAGGGACGACCAGGAGGCGAUGGCUACCUCCCUCGCGUGUGGAGUAUUUCCCUUUCCCUCUCUCAUGCGGCAGCGAUUUGGAGGCGACGUGGGCGCUGCAAAGGUCCGGCGCAAGCUCGGCUGCGACAACGGACUUCUCCGACGCCCCUCUCCACAAUUGGCGGUCCUCUCGCCGGCAAAUGAGGAUUGAAAUUCUGCCAAGAAAUCUCAGAGCAGAAGAUGUUUGCAAGGGACUUGGGAGACGAGGCAAUGCUGCGCAGGCGAGAAAAUGGCAAUUUGGAUUCGUGGUUACCACCGGUCUCGAGUUAGAUUUAUUUCAAUUGCAACCAGGCAGAGUGUUGUGAAUUUGAAUUUGGGUGUACAUGAUCUUACUAGCUUCUAAUUCUACUGAGCCAUACGGAUGAUGGUGUGUUUGCUCUCACACAUUUAUUCAAAGGAUCAUUGUGAUGAAUGAUACCAAUUCUAGGUUGCUGGAACUUGCACCCAAUCCUUCUAUUCCCAACUGGUGAGUUUAUACGUUGCAGUGUUUGUGGUGGUCUCCUCCUGAUGGAGCUCAGUAUAUGCCCUUCUUGUUUACCUAAAAAUCUCUUCUCUCCUAAGAUCUUGUAGGAAUCUUUCUUUUUUCCUUAAGAAGCAUGCUACCAAUGGACGUCAGAUGUUCCAGCACCGAAAAGUUGGUGACCAUGCUUGGGUGUUUCAGAAUUCAUAUGAAAAGCAUUUAUUUUUUACUUUCAGGGAUUGCUCCAUCUUGCGGUUUAUAAUACGGCUGGACAAUUACAAUUUCACAUAUAUCUGAAAAACCACAGCCCAUCUGUGUUCUAUAAACGUUGGUGUGGUCUUAUGUGCACCAAGAAUUCUGUCAUUAACAUAAGGUAUUUUA